GUGGCAGAUUCGCGGCUCGACAUGAAGGUUGGAUUUGGCUCUGUGGUUGUCACCGCUGGAGUGAACGGCAUCCUCAGCUUCUGCUUCCUAGCGCUCGCAAUUGGAACUGAGUACUGGUACAUUAUAGACGACUCGCGCACGAAUCUCACGGAGCCGGAGCACGUGCAUUCCGGAUUUUGGGGAGUGAGUGAUGAUGUACAGCCCUUCUCAGAAGCUCCACCUAACCUUUCAGAAUCAGCAAAACACAUGCAAAACAUGCACAAUGUGAUAGCCAUUCUGCUGCCUCUGAGUCUGGUGCUCUUAGUGUUUGGAGGAAUAUGUGGUCUGGUCAGCUCUCUGGCCCGGAGUAGAGCUCUCCUCAUGGGUGCUGCCUCCUAUUUUCUCCUUUGCAGUCUACUCACACUCUCUGGUGUAAGUCUGUACAUCAGCUAUUCCCAGCAGGCUCUGGAGGAAACGGAGAAGAGGAUGGGGCCGGAGCAGAUGGCUCUGGUUCACACAUCGUUCGGUUGGUCAAUGGGCAUGGCCUGGCUCUCUUUCUUCCUGGAAGUGAUAACUGGUCUUCUCCUGCUGCUUGCUGCCAGGAUGGCCCAAUUAACCCAGUACCAGGAGACUGUGGCCCCCAUAUAAGACACGUAUGUCUCCAGUC